AUGCAAAAGCCUGCUCCUUAACCAGUUGCUUAAUAACAAUAAAAAUCUGGUGGAAUGUUUUCAGGACUUGGAAGUACAUUAAUGCAAGGAAUGGCCUUUGGUGCAGGUUCUGAAGUUGCUCAUUAAGCAAUUAGAUCAGUUAUCGGAUCAGGAUCGUCACAUAACAGUUAAGAAGCUCCUGUUUAAUAAUAAUAAUAAAUUUAACCUUAAUAAUGUGGAGAAGAAACUAAUAGCUUCUCUAAUUGUCUUAGAUAACAUACUGAAUUAUCUAUGUGCUAAAGUUACAUGGAUAUGCUAAAGGAAUGUUAAAGAAAAAAUAACUUUUGA